ACUGAAUCAUUUUUUAAAGAACUACUUGAAGGAAACGAUUCUCUGACGUCUGACUCACGUAAAAAUGUCAAAGGCAGCAUGGGAAAUGUAGUUCACGUGUACAAAGGUAGUCGAGAUGCAUAAAAAUCGUUAAACACAGGCGGCAAGAACAACAUUCAUUGUAAACCAGUUGCAGAGUCAGUGUUGCAGCUCGAGAAGUAAUUUAUAUCAACAGGCAAAUCUACAAAAAAGACUGGGAAUGGAAAAGAUACACAUCGACAAACACGCAACCAAUGCAGUGGAGGCAUAUUUAGAAUACAAAAGGUAUAAACAACAUUGCACAGACUUUGAGGAGUUGCCAAAGGAAAGGCCUAUAAUCUUGCCUUGUAGGGUCAAAGGUUGUCAGUGUGUGUCCUAUGAAUAUGUUCAUAUCAACGGCUCUAAACCAGUACGCUGUCAGUGCAAACACACAACUAGUGAACACAGUGAAGCUAUAGCCCAUCAGUGCAAAAAAUGCACUCGCUGCACUGGCUAUCGAAGUCCAUUCACCUGUGGAUGUGGUCAACCUGCAUAUGCCCAUGUGACGCUGGUUGAAACUACAGAAGAGCGCAUGAGACGGGGACGUCCGGUGGGCAGAGCUGUUCCAUAUGCAGCUAUGGGAGGUUUAACUGGGUUCAGCUCACUGGGGGACGGCUACCUGAGACUGGAUUCAGGUGGCAUAGGCAAUACAUGUGAACAGCACACAGAAUAGGCUAAAUGUCACCUUAAAGUGGUUCCACAACAAACAGAAUGUUAGCAUUAGGUUAGCACUCACCAUUAGUCAACAUUAUGCUUGUUUAAUUAUGUUACAUUUUAUGCUUUCUGUUUUGCCUGAGAGAAUUCUUAAUAUUUGUCUAGUGGUAUAUUGCUUAAUUACAGCAAAUAUUUUUCAACAGUGUGUAUUUAUUCAUCAUAA